AUGUCUCAGUAUGACCAUUUAUUUGAUACCCCCGCAGCGUACAUAGCUGCAAGUUCUGAGUCUCGCCGCAACAGUGUCGCCGUCGCUGCCUCCAGUAUCACCAGUAAUAACUUUGGACCGGAAUCGCAUGGUCACAGGACCAGUCAACAAGUGGGGUAUUUCCCUACUGAUGAUGAGUGUAAACAACUGGCGAAUCCUGUAAGGGAGUUACUCUCCCGCUGCAGAUGCUACGAAGUUCUCGGAACAUCCACCCAAGUUGUGCUACUUGAUGUGGAUGUUGAACUAACGACUGCAUUUAUCGCCGCGCAGGAGAGAGGGCUCGCCGCUUGCGUCUUGUGGGACAGGGAGGAAUGCGCCGUCUGUGGGGUCUUGAGCUCCACAGAUUAUAUUGAAAUAUUGCUGUACUGUAGCGAUCAUCCCGAUGAGGCGGAACGAGUUCCCCAGUACACCAUUCGGUAUUGGCGCGAAAAGGUCAGAAACUAUAAACCCAGUGGCACUGUGAACGCAGGUGCAACUGAGGCAGAAACACUGGCAAACUCAUUUGAUAGGUUGUGUUCGCUUUCCCCUGUUCCGCCACUUAUUACAUGUACAUCAGAGACAUCAGUGAGUGAAUGCUUGGCUCAGAUAAUGAACAAUAAAGCGAAACGUAUUGUCGUUCUUGUAGAAAAGGAAAGUGAGGACUUUAACGUAAAGGCGUUACUCGACCUUCAGCAAAUUCUAUCAUACUUGGGGGCGCUUUUUCUUUCUGUGGAGUCACAGGGAUCUGGCCCUCGCGGGGUCAGUGCAGACACGGCGAUGAGUUCCUCCAUCACGAGUCGGGAGGCGUCGGAUUACGCAGAAGGUACGGGGGGGCCGAGUGCGUUAGAAGCCGUGUCCGGAUACCGUCCCUUCAUUGACAGUGUAGUCGCCAGCAACUCCGAGUUUUCGAGGGGAGGUGUAACACUUCCUCUUCAUGUGCGUAAUUUACACGACCUCGUACUAAAUGAGGGGCGGGAGAAUCCAGUUGACUUUGGCAGCUACGCAAGCGUAGGGCCGUAUAAGGCGAUUACUGACGUACCAUUUCGUUUUGUUCCUCAACUUGGACAGCAUCGUAAGACACCUAUUAGCGUAACAUUAGAGACUCCAUUUCUGGAUGCCCUACGUCUGCUAUUGCUGCACAAUAUUGAUUGUAUCGCUGUGGUGUCAGAAAAUGAUGUUGUCGUUGAUGCCAUUGGCCGCAGUGAUAUUGUGCGGAUUGAAGAUAAUGGGGUUUACAACACACAACUCACCGUACGAGGCGCGCUUGGCGAUAGACCGCCAAAGAAGAUUAGGGUAUUCUAUGAGAAUGACACGCUGCGUGAAAUAUUUAUUUUCUUUGUACGUCAGCGGGUGAGGGAGCUGUUCCUUGUUGAUCCUAAUACUAAAAAAUUGCGCGGUCAGCUGAACAUAUCGGAAGUGGUCUUUUUCUUAGUGUUCGGCACAACAAAUACCAACAACCCAAGUAAGAGUCAGUGCGGCUGUGGUACCUGA